UAAUACAAUGGAAAAGAAGCUAAAAUCUCUUUUAGACGACUUGGCUUAUUACGCUUUGGUAGAAUCGAAUCAAAACAAGGAUGUCUCACAAGUUGCACCGUUUGACAAGUUUGCUGAUAGAGAUAAUUUAUUAAUAUUUCUCCAGACUGCUUGUUACAAAUGUGUUGACAGAUUACUUGAGUACAUCAAUCAACAACUAGCUGAAGCUGAGAAACUUUUGACAGAAUCCCAAGAUGAUGGUGAUGCAAAUAAGAAACAAAUAUUACUUAAUAGAGCUUUGUUGCUAGGAAGAUUGUGUGCUGCCUUGUGUGAUCUGACCCCUAACCUCCAGCAAUGUAUGCUGGGAUUACAGGCAAAAGAAGUCAAAGCUGAACAGUCUAGGGGUUAUUCAAGACGAUUUGGAUCUCUGCGAAGUCACGGAAAGUCAAAGGGAAAUCCAGAACCAACAGAAUGGGACAAAAUAAAGGAGUUAUUGAAUGCUAAUUGCCAUAAAGCAUACAGUGUAUGGAUGACUUGUAAGCGUGUUGAAUUAGUGGGAAAUUUCCAGUCGUCUUUAACGGAUAUCACUGGGAAUACAGCUUUACAAAUGGCUACAAAUUGGGAGCAGAUAUCCAUCGAGGAAGAAACUGAAGAUGGCAAUAAAGUCACAUCUACUAUCAGACUUCCUGUGCAGGCAUCAUGGUAUGUUCAGUCUGUUUUAUAUAGCCUUUGUGAAGAAUUCAACAGAGUUGGAGGGCAUGCUCUCCCUAAAUCUGUCAUUCAAGAGAUGAUUACAAGCAUAAGUGACGACAUGUUAUCUGCGUACGAACGCAUCUUGGACAAUACAUCGAAAGAUGACAAACCAUUACCACUGACACAAUCCAGGGCUUUGCAGUUGUAUUUUGAUGUGAAAUAUAUGUCAUCUUUAAUGUCUGGUAGGAAGGACACUGAACAGGAGAGUACCGAACACGCUAGAAGAAUUCAGAAGUUGACUGAGACUUUAGAAAACAACAUUGAUCCGUUUGACUUGGAUGUCUUCAUACCACAUUUGAAUACUAAUUUGAAUCGGCACUCAAUUAGGACUUCGGUCCUUCUAGGAGCAUUGUCCACCCCAGAAAGACCCAUAUAUAGCCAUAGACCCAUACCUACUGGACACCAAGAACAGCAUAAUGUGUUACCGCUCACACCAGCACAAGGUCGAUUUAGUUUGUUGCCGUUAAGUACAACACACAGUGGUUACGGGGAUGGACAGUCGUUAUUAUCUAAGCAACUACAGUUGACGACUCCUAGUUUGGAAUCUAUUACGAGAAGUAGUACAAAGACAGAUGAAACUAUUGAUAGCAAUACAGCGUCAUCUCUUUAUUCUAAGCUGGGAUCUUUUGGAUCAUUUAGGUCUAACUGGUUGUCAUAGAAACAGGAGACAAAUGGAGCAGCAUCAUUUAAGCUGAUAGCCGGUCUUACGGGAGGUGUGGCGAUGUAGAUUGAUCUGUCAUUGGGUGAAAAACAACAAGAUUUGAAGCGUAGCAAUGAGAAAAACGUACACACACCAAAUCAGUAUUCUAUGUUCAUCAAUGCUUUGAAACAAGCUAAGCUCUACAUAUCAUCUGUGUGUCCUCGGCUCAGGUGAUGAGUUGCCAUGACUACUGACGAUGCAUCAAUACUAUGUAAAAUGAAAAUUUUGUAUCCUCUCUGUGUAUUUUCUCCCUCUCAUUUUUGUCCCGUGAUAUAUUCAAUUCUCCGGGCAACUGCAGCAGUCGGCAACUGGAACACAUCAAUUUAUUCCAUCACCAUAGC